AUGGCUGUCCCUCCCGAGCAAACUCCUCCCCGAUCACAAAAUCCAGUGGCUUUCCCUCCAAUAACUAGAUCGCAUAUCCUUAAUUGCUCAUACCACUCCUGGUAUUCACUUUACCGAUCUCUAUCCCCCAAAGCACGCCUUAUUCCACUCACAGAAUCAUUCAUAAACUAUAUCCGUGCAGAUGGGAUUGUUCUUCCUCCAGACGAGAUCAGUCUGGAGGUAUCCGAUGAUGAUAGCUGGACACUGUCCAUGUCGAAUGGUGGUAGCAACUCGGAUAAAGAGGAGUCUGAUGAUGAGGAUCGUACCUAUGACCCAUCACAAGAAUGGCCAGAGGUACAUGCCGAGGUGAUAGCCAAAAUCAGGGAGCUGGGCGGACAGGUAUCACCAAAGCUGAAUUGGAGUGCACCAAGGGAUGCAAAAUGGAUACUUGCGACGAAUGAUAUGCAAUGCAGGACGGCUAAUGAUGUGUACUUGCUGCUCAAGAGCAGCAACUUCAUGAACCAUGACCUUGACCAUGCCUUUGAUGACUGUGUCCCCGAGCCAGGACAAGAGCAAAAUAUGCCAUCGGAUCAACCGCCUAUUCCAUAUCACCUUGUGCUACGAAAAUAUUUUAAUGUCAAUACCUCGCUUGAGUUUCGAUGCUUUGUGCGCCACCGACAGCUUAUUUGCCUUUGCCAAAGGGAUCUGACAUACUAUGACUUUUUAUCCGGUAUGCGGAAUGAUUUAUUAAGGGUGAUCCAGUCUUUUUUCGACGAGAAGCUUCGGGAUACAUUUCCCGAUCCAGAUUUUGUAUUCGAUAUUUACGUUCCUCCGCCACACAAUCGGGUCUGGUUAAUUGAUAUCAACCCUUUUGCCCCAAAGACCGAUCCCCUCCUUUUUUCAUGGCAGCAGAUACUUAAGAUUGGCCAGGAGGUAGAACAGAGUAUCAAUGGCCAAACUAACGGUGUCGAAGAACAGGUUGUUAGACUAAGUAUUGGUGAUCAAAGCUUAUCCUCUGCCGCGGAGACACAUCCAAUACAAGCUGACGAGGAUGACAAGGAGGAUUCAGAUAUUGAGGAGGUAUCCGAGUUGCCACUGUUCCUCCUGCUCUCUGGAGGGAAUCCAGCGGGUACGAACAUGAACGCUGCUCCCUUCUCAGCACACAAACUUCCAAAGGAUGUAGUAGAUGCCUCUAAAAGUGGCCCUGGAGGCAUGAGUGAGUUUCUUACCCAGUGGAGGGAUAUAAUGGAGGGAAGAAUACGGCCGGAUACAGGUGCAGAUGACAGUGACGAUAACUAA